UGGUUUACAUGUGCUCAAUUUUGGUAAUCAUCAAGGAGCUGAGGCAGACGAAAUUAAGAUGACGGUCCGGGUGUUUAGAUUGCUCCAAAACUUGCGUUUUUCAUUAGAAAAACUCGAGGCAAGAUUAUUGGAGAGAUUGGGUGGCCACCCACCUUUAGCUCCAGCAUUUGCACUCCAAGGAACGUCGUUAAUCGAUGAUCAAUCACAUCAUAACCAGGGGAGUUUAUCUAGUAUCUUUGAUGGCUUCUUGUGGGCUGUACCCAAGCACAGACGCUCUAUUCAACGCAAUCGCAAGAGACGCAGAGCAGUCGAGAAGCUUGAGGAAUACAUACCUGAAUGGAAGUUUGUGAUGUGUGAAGUAUGUGGACAUUCCAAGAUGAGGGGAUUUAUCUGCGGACACUGUCUCAUCAGAAUACGGCAAGAGUCAGCCGAGAUAAGGAAGGAGUUAUUUGAGACUCAAGAGGAAAAUAACAUCAUCCCGGAACGAGAGAGCAUCGUCUUGUACGAGGAUGAAGCGUUAAGACCGGAAGACCAAGGAAAAGAAGUUGUGGAGAUGAAGAAAAAGAGACCAUUUUGGUUCAGUAGAUCCCUGACAGAGUGAGAAACUGACAUUUUAUUAAUCAUUUUGGCAGAUAUAAAAAUCUAAAUAUUUUGAUGGUUGGAAGUAUCCACGUUUGUAAGAUGUUGCAUUAAUAUGCUGCUGAAAAGUAACCAGUGAGCCCUCUGUUGUCCAAGGAUGGCCAUGUGUUGCGUCCAAGAACAUUUUUCGUCCACAACGUCCUGCUUUACACAGGUAGUUGCAGGUAUAUGUUUAUUAUUUCAAAUGGCUGAAGAACAAUCGACAAGAUUUUUUAACACAACUGUUUGCUUCAGUUUUUUAU